UGACGGGUCACGGGAUUGAAGAGUUACGAUUUUACGACGAUAAACAUAAAUAUUUAUAUACCUAUUUAUAUAUUAUUAUUAUUAUUAUUAUACUUUCACUGGCAUUAAUUAUUUGUUCGUUGUUAAAUUACUUUUUAUUAUUUUCAUAUUAUUCUUAAAAUCUUACCUAUUAGUGGUCAUUAUUGUUCUUAAUUUUUAUUGUUACAUUUUAAUUAGUAUUCAGUAGUAGUAGUCGCAUACAAAACUUCAACAUUUCUAUUUGUUAUAACCAAUUCUUUAGCCGAGAUUUAGCACCGUAUAAUAUCUAGUAAUUAUGUGGUCGUCUUCAAAGACUGUCAAAAUAUCUAUAAAUUAGAACCAUAGUUGAAAACAUUAAAUAUUGUCUUUAUAUGAGCCUUGUAAAGUGGCUCACUAUAUGAGCCUAUGUUUUUUGUUUGCUAGUUUGAAAUGAUUAAAUCAAAUUCAGGAAAAGGUUUAUGAAGUGCGAAUGAAAACAAAAUGAAUAAUGCUAUACUUCCCGAUAACCUGGAAAUAAAUUACAGAAGCAAUCAUUAUAAACAUGCUCAAGAUGUAUUAAACAGUAUUAUUUGGUGUUCUAUUUGUAAUUCUGACUUGAAACAGAAUAUCAUCACAAAUAAAAAAAUUAUGCUCCAUAAAAAGUUUUUAUGCCUUUGUUGUAAAAAUUGUUUUGAAAAAUUAUCAGAUUCAAAAAAUGGAUGUAUAUUGUGCUCGCUCAAAACCAAACUUAAAACAUGCAAAAAAUGUAACAGCAAUAUGUGCAAGAGAUGUGUGGACAAUUAUUACGUAAAACCAAAACGUUUAAAAAAAUUAAAACAUUGUUUAGGAUGUUCUUCAAGUGUAUUAUGGAGUCUUAGAUCUCAAGCAGCUGCAAUCUUAAAAUGUUUUUCACUGGAACUCGGUACUAGGCUUUUGUUAAAUGGUGAAGAAUCUGUAAACACGCAACAUUUACGUGAAUUCAUAAUAAAUUCAGCAAUAUGUAAUGAAAAUUUUACUCAAGAAGCUAUUAAUCAAAUUAGAGUUUUCAAUUGAAGUGAUUUAUUAAAUUCAAAAAUUGGAGC